GAAAUUAGCGGAUUAUAUGAGUUGUUGGUGUACUGUAUUUCUCUCUGCCGUUGAAUAGUCUGUUUGUCUUGAAUCUUUAGCUGAUAAAUAACGCUGUCUGUCUUGCUUCUUACAACUAUAUCACCCCAUCUCAGUUUUUCCGUUUCUGGAAUCAUCUAUUUCCUUUCAUUUUCUCCAUAACUCAAGAGAAGAGGAAAAAGCCCACUAAUUUUUUAGGCAUUAGCAGAAAGAGAAAUGGCGGAUCAGUUGACUGACGACCAGAUCUCUGAGUUUAAGGAGGCUUUCAGCCUUUUCGACAAGGAUGGCGAUGGUUGCAUCACCACCAAGGAGCUCGGGACCGUGAUGAGAUCCCUGGGGCAGAAUCCCACUGAAGCUGAGCUCCAGGACAUGAUCAACGAGGUGGAUGCCGAUGGUAACGGGACCAUUGACUUCCCCGAGUUCUUGAACCUCAUGGCUCGAAAGAUGAAGGACACAGACUCGGAGGAGGAGCUAAAAGAGGCAUUCCGCGUUUUCGACAAGGAUCAGAACGGUUUCAUCUCUGCUGCUGAGCUGCGCCAUGUGAUGACAAACCUAGGAGAGAAGCUGACCGACGAGGAAGUCGAUGAGAUGAUUAGGGAGGCCGACGUCGACGGAGAUGGACAAAUUAACUAUGAAGAGUUUGUUAAGGUUAUGAUGGCCAAGUGAGAUCCCAUCUCCGAAUCAACUUUAUGGAUGUAAAAUUGGGGAAAAAGUGUCCAAAAAAAAAAAAAAAAGGAAAAUGGAUGAACAGGGUCGACUAGUGUAACGGGAUUCUGGUUUCGUAUGUCUUCAUCGUUUCACUUUAUGGUUUUUAUGUCCUUGAAUAUUUAACGGUCUGUUGUAACGGUGGUGGAAUAGUCGUUAUCCUUUCUGUUAUAUAUUUUGUGAUUUGUAUUGGCAG